UUUCCAAUCGACGUGAAUGCAGAAUGUUACGUUUGUUUUUUAUUACAAUUUUGUUUACUCGUGACUGUUAUUCGAUUGCCAGCGAUUAUGUCAUGAACGUGAAUCUUGUUAGCAAUUAUAAAAUGUCACAUACAAAAACUGGUAACAUACCUGUAUACUGGGAUUGGAGAGAUUUGAACAAAGUAACGCCUGUGAAAGAUCAAAUGAAUUGUAAUGCCUGCUGGGCGUUUAGUGCUAUUGCAAAUAUUGAAAGCCAUUUGAUGAUUUAUAAGAAUAUGAGUGAAUCUUUAUCGGAACAGUUUUUAAUGGAUUGCGAUGGACGUAACGUCGGUUGCAGUUCUUCAAGCAUAUUAAAUACAUUUUCAACCAUAGUUGAAAAACUAGGAGGCGUGCUUCGUGAAACUGACUAUAAGCCAUACCGAAAACGAAUUUUGCCUUGUUCAUGGGACCAUAAGAUUCCGGUAAUACCGGUUGUCGGUUAUAGGCGUGUACAAGCCGACGAGGUGGUCAUGGCUCACUUCAUUUACAAAUAUGGACCAUUAUCCGCUGGAAUAAAUUCGGCUUCAAUGGCUGUAUAUAAAGGAGGUAUUGACGAACCAUCAGAUGACAUAUGUUCACCGAAAGAGAUGAAUCACGCUGUCCUCAUAGUUGGCUACAAUGUUUACGUCGAUCCCGACACAGGGAAGAGUGUUCCUUAUUGGAUAAUUAAGAACUCAUGGGGUACAAAUUGGGGUGCCAAAGGAUAUUACUACUUGGUUCGCGGUCGCAACGCUUGCGGUAUCGCUAGCGAUUUAUCUUUUAGCUUUGUUAAUUAACAUUUAAUUAAUUGACAAAUUUAAUUACACAAUAGAUUAACAAAUUGGCUGUCAUAAUUGAAUUGCCACAAUUGUAUAUUUUCUACUGU